CAAAACCGAGCGACCUACCUGAAGACGAGGCCUGGGUUCUUUCGAGGACAACGGAUAUUUUGGGAGGUCGCCCAAGUUCGGAAAAAAGCAAUAGAAAUUGACCUUUGCUGAGCCAUUUCCGACCACUAUGGAACUGAAGAAGAGUCUGGACAAACAGUCUGCAAGCAACCCCCCGUCUCCCCGAUUCAGGGACUCACACUGCUGUGAGGUCUUGGCUGUGGUCUUCAUCGUGGUCUUCAUCACCCUGGGAAUCUUCCUAGGUGUCCUCAUUGCUUAUCUUGUUAAAGAGGAGCACAGCUAUAUAGGGACUGUGGAACUGAGAGGCCUCAAGUAUGAAGCAAGUUUACGUGACAAGACUUCUGCAUACAACAUUGUGCUGUCCUCAACACUCAGGGGAAAGAUCAGACACAUCUUUCUUGCUUCCUCAGUAGCACAUACUUUUGUGGGCAGUGACAUUAUUAAAUUUGGGAACAGUACAGGCAGUGUGAUGGCGACCUUCCGCAUGACAUUCAGGGUGGAGAGGGUCCGGGCCUUCCCUAAAGUCAUUGUCCAGGACAUCCUGCGACAGGGACUGAACACCCUGCUUCAAGGGCGCCCCCUAGAGGUGUCUGGAUUUGGGGAAAUAACCUCCAUCGUGCUGCUGGGAGCAAGUGGGAAGUCCUUUUACAACAUCGGAGGCCGGAAAGACGGCUGUCCUGCCAAGACCUUCGCUUGCGACAAUGGGGAGUGCGUCACCAAGAUCAACCCUGAAUGUGACUUCGUAGCGGACUGCGCCGACGCCUCCGACGAAGCCCAGUGCGCCUGCGGGAUGAGGCCUGCCCUCUCCACCCGGGUGGUGGGGGGCGCGGACGCCCAGAGGGGAGAGCUCCCUUGGCAAGUCGGUCUGCAGUGGCGGGGGAACCACGCCUGCGGGGCUUCCAUUGUCAACGAGAGGUGGAUCGUCAGCGCCGCGCACUGCUUCGAGAGGGCAAGCAACCCGAAGGACUGGAAGGCCCUGGUGGGGGCGACCCAGGUGAGCGGUGGGGAGCCCCAGUCCAGGCUGAUCAACAUCAAGUCCCUGAUCGUCUCCCCGCGCUACGACCACCUGACUACCGACAACGACGUCACGGUCCUGGAGCUGGAGACGCCCCUGACCUUCGGCCCCUACAUCCAGCCCAUCUGCCUGCCGGCUCCCUCCCACGUGUUUGUGCCCGAGCAGCGCUGCCUGGUGUCCGGCUGGGGGCAGCUCAGCCAGUUCACUGGCAAGCUGCCGUCCACUCUGCAGAGGGCUGUGGUGAAGAUCAUCGACUCGGGCACCUGCAACGCCUCCUACUCCUACAGCGGGGCCAUCACCGACAACAUGAUGUGCGCCGGCUUCAUGGAGGGCAAGAUCGACUCCUGCCAGGGCGAUUCUGGAGGCCCCCUGGCGUGUGAAAACGCAGCAGGGCGAUUCUUUCUGGCUGGAAUUGUGAGCUGGGGAGCAGGCUGCGCUCAGGCCAAUAACCCUGGCAUCUACUCCCGGGUCACGAAGCUGAGGCAAUGGAUUCUCAGUCAUACCAGCCCAGACCCCACUGCUGCCCCUGUGAACACCAGUCCUACUGGCCUAGCAGUGCCCACCUCUACCUCCAGUACUGUCACAGCCUCUCCCACUACAGCAGGGCUGCCACGAGUGAACUGCAGCAGUCAUUUCAAGUGUGCGCCGGGGGCGUGUAUCAGCAAAAUCAACCCAGAGUGCGAUGGGAUCAACGACUGCAAGAACAGGGCUGAUGAGCGGAACUGCGACUGCGGGGACCGGCCGGCGAUCGGCUUCCAGAAGAUCGUGGGCGGCGCGGCGGCGCGGAGGGGGGAGUGGCCGUGGAUGAGCAGCGUGCAGUUCCAGCGAUCGCCAGCCGCCAUGCUCCAGAAAGCCUCGGUGGACAUCAUCAGCCAAUCGGAGUGCCAGCGCUCGUACGCCAACGGGCUGACCAGCAGCAUGCUGUGCGCCGGCUUCAUGGAAGGAGGCACAGACACCUGCACGGGCGAUUCGGGGGGACCCCUGUCGUGCCAGGAGCCCUCGGGACGCUGGUUCCUGGCGGGGGUCACCAGCUGGGGCCGCGGCUGUGGCCGAAACGGUUUCCCGGGGGUGUACGUGCGGCUCACCGCCGUCCGCCAGUGGAUGUCCCAGUACCUGCCUUUCUAGGACGCCCUGCCUGGACCUGGCUGCAAUCGACGAGGGGGACGGACUACUGGGCAAGGGGCAAGGGAGCUCCGUGCCGUCACAACACUACCAUCUUCGAAAAACAGCACACUAACACGAUCUGAAAAUGGACCGACCGAAGGGUUUCCCAAUCACCUUUCAUCCACAUCCCAGUAUUAUUACAAUUGCAAACCCUGAACAACAGUUGCAGGCAAAUAAGAAAUACUACCGGCUUAUUUGCGAGUCAAGA